AUGAUCAACGGACUUCGUACAAUCGCCGCCAAGAGCUCUAGAUCUUCAGCAGCCCUUCGAAGUCUUUCGACUGCGGCUGCUCGAGCCACAUCCUCUCAUCGUAUCGUUGCGGGAGCCACCAACCCUGCAUCGGUUACUGUACAAUCUCAAGAACAAAACUUUCAACCACAAUACCGCUGGUUCAGUGACGAAACCAAAAAGGAAGAAGCAGCAGCAGCAGAGACAGCAACUGAAGAGCCUCCAAAAGAAGAAGAACCUGCUGCUGCUGCUGCUGCUGCUGAAGAGAGUCCUGAACAAAAGCUACAAGCCGAAGUCAAGGAAUUGAAAGACCAAUUGUUGCGAAGUCUCGCAGAACAAGAGAAUACCCGAAACAUUGCUCGUAAGGAUGUUGAUUCUGCUCGCAACUUUGCCAUCAAGUCUUUUGCCAAAUCGUUAUUGGAAGUCUCGGACAAUUUGAAUCGCGCCUUGGAAUCCGUCGAUGAGUCGGAAUUGGAAACCAACACACAUUUGUCCUCCUUGUAUCAAGGUAUUCAAAUGACCAACGAUGGAUUGAUCAAAGCCUUCCAAUCCAAUGGUGUGACAAAGUUCUGCGAAGAACCAGGUGAUGGCUUUGAUCCUGAAACAAUGAAUGCUCUUAUGGAAUACCCUGAUGAAUCCAGGGAACCAGGCACCGUUGGACAAGUCAUCAAGUCUGGAUUCAUGUUGAACAACCGAGUCUUGCGACCUGCUGAAGUUGGAGUCGUAAAGAAGCCUUAA